AUGACGGGAAUGAGGUCAUCAGGAUCUAGAUUUGGAUUUGGAAAUGGACCAUUGUUUCUGAUCUUGGUUUUAUGUAUUAUCGGACAAUUGGAUUUGGUGUCUGCCAAUGAACACUCGUCAUCGAGGCUGGAAAGAAGGUCGAAUCAUACUAGAGGUAAAAGACAAAGUUGGAUGACGGGAGAGAUUGAUGAUGUGGAUAAUCAGUGGAGGAAUAGGGAGAGGAUCAAAAAGCAAUUAGACCUCGAUUUAGAUGCCGAUGUGGGAUUAUUGGAUGGUCUGCUUGACCUUGCAGCCUCACCAUCGGAUACAACAUCUACUUCUACUAUCGAGUCGUCAUCGGCAGUCACUACUUCGUCAACGUCGACGUCGGCGGAAGGAUCUGCCAAAUCAACUUUGGCUUUUACCACUUCGACUAUAGAGUCCACUUCAACUUCCACUUCCACUUCGACUGUCGAACCAGCAUCAACAUCGACCUCCAUUUCUUCACCUGAACCCACCUCGACCUCAUCAGCGGAAUCAACAUCCAGUAUCACCACUGAAGCUGCUUCCACCUCUACUCCAACCUCAAUAUCGGAAGAGGCAUCAACGACUACAAUCGAUGCAGUUGGUAACACUAUAAUAAGUAAGUCCAAAUUCAAGCUCAAGCUCAUGUAUAAUUUCAAUUUUCAAGUGACUUCUUUAUUCAACCUUAAUGUUACUUCUAUUUCAAUCUUAAAUUUUCAAUUUCAUCGAUAUUUUCUUUCUUCAAUUUUAUCAUCUCAUUUUCGAAAUUUUCAUAAUGGACAAUGGCGAUGGCAUUCGCCUAUAAUAUUCGCAAGUGCAAGGAAGUUACCUCCAACUCACUCAAGACACACGUCAAGAUCAAGAUUAAGAAAUGCUCGUUUCGCAAAUGGACACAAGAGGCAGGAGAAUGAAUGGGCAGAAGGAGGUGGAAACGAAAACGCAUCAACAGGUGUUGAACCCACAUCAAGUGAACGGGACGAGUCUGCCAGUACAUCAGCAACAUCACCUGUCGAAUCUUGGUCCGAAUCUACCACUGAUCCGGCGGCUCAACCUACUUCUUCAAGUUGGAUUGACCCUGGAUCUAUCACCUCAAAUGCAGCGUGGGAAUCAAGUAAUUCUGCUUGGUCGUCCCAUGCAGCUACUGGAGCUUCAAUACCAUCUGUCGAAUCACGGUCAGAGGAGCCAAUGCAGUCUACUUCAUCUGCUUGGAGUGAUUCGACUUCGGGCAUUUCGACAUCUACCUGGUCCCUUGAAGCAUCAAUCAGCGUGACACCGACAUCUCCUUCGCUUUCCCAGUCCAUCACGGAUUCGGCAUCUUCAUGGAGCGAUCCUGCUAUGAUCACUUCCAGUUCAGCAUGGGAAAUAAGUAACUCUACUUGGUCAUUAGAUAAUCCAGUGAUAUCAUCUUCCGCUGAGUCUGUCCCUCCUUGGUCUGAUACCUCAGUACAAACCUCGUCUUCUGCAAGGAGUGAAUUUAGUACGUCUCCAACUACUGCUCAAUGGUAUUCGGCGACUUCGUCAUCGACCCUAACUCCAGUCGAAUCUACUUCAACCUGGAUGGACUCGUCAAUCCUUUCUGACACCUCGACCCUCUCAUCGGCGUCGUCAACGGGUGACUUUUCGACGCCCUCCACUGAAGCCACAGAAACGGUGGAAUCUUCCUUGACCUCAUUUAAUUCGAAACCGAGCUCAACGGCCACAUCGGCUGCCUCAUCUUCUUCGCCCAACGCAACGUCGCUUGUUGAAAAUCCAUCAACAUCUACGAUCUCUGUGGCAUGGAAUUCUAGCUCAGCUGCGAGUUCACCUACUUGGUCGGACGGCAUAUCAGCUACGACGCUCACGAAUCCAGAUGGGCAUGUUACAACUUCUGUCUACAAUAUCUCGACAUCAUCUCCCUCUUCUGUGCUAGAUCCCAUAUCUCGGCCCUCAGAGACUUGGUCAACUUCCGCUACCGAUUCCUCAUUACAAAAUAUUUCGACUUCCGGGUUAAGCCUUACAAACACGUCAUCGUAUCUUGAGGCGACGACCGCUUCCACCUCAAUCUCCGAGUGGGUUUCUUCAACCACUUCCAAUGUUGUCACCACCAUGCCUGAUGGGCAGGCGACAACCUCAACAUUGGUCUCACCUCCAUUUACAUCUACCUUGGACUUACCUUCUACCUCAACCCAAUCAGCAGCAUGGUUUAGUACUAGCAUCGCAACGUUUGGCAUCAGUACAACCAUUGCAGCGUCUUGGAAUGAAUCGACGGCAUCUUCAUCUUUUGGAAACUGGUCAUCAGUGUCGGAAUCUUCCACUCCCGCCAUCACUGCUCUUGGUGUGUCUAAUGAGCUCGCUUCAUCUCCGUGGGAUCAAACAAUCAAAGGAUCCGACACGGUCUCUUCUGCAUCAUCACCUUGGCUGAUUGCAGAUAGUUCUGCAAGCUGGAAUUCCUCUUCAUCUUGGACACCGGCUUUGACUUCUACUUUCGCUUUUGCUGCCACUUCUUCCAGUAGUUCUCUUCUUGAACCUUCAUUUUCUUUGACAAAUUCUAUUACCUUCUCUCCCUUAAACCUCACCCCUUCGCGUGUUUCGUUUUUCGAGACUCUAUCUUCAGUAUCUUUGUCCUCAACUUUCGCAAUUCCUUCUACCACAAUUUCGAAACCUUCAACUACUGAUUCAAGCGCGAUUCCACUCGCUCCCGCUUUCGUUGAAACCUCAAUAGCUAACACUGCAACAUCCACUUCGAUAGCUUCGGAAACAGAACCAGCUACUUCCACCAUUGCGACUUCUUCACCGGAUAGCGCCACCGCCGCCGCUACUUCUGAAACGCCUCUUGUCAGCGUUGGAGCUAGUAUUGCAGCUUCGGUCGGUACGAGCGACCCCCCCUCAGCGGCUACCACGACUCAGCCUGCUGCUGAAGCCAUACCCUCGACUACAUCCAGUGAAGAACCGGAAUCCAGCGAGGUAGCAACAUCCUCUCAAUUGUCAUCAAAUGAAGCUGCCACUACUAGUGAUGCUCCAACUACUUCAGCUGUGGAAACAUCGAGUUCAUCACCGACUGAAAAUUCUGCUGCCACUUCAGAGGUUUCCCCACCCCCCACAAUCACUGAUACUACCUCCACAGCCGACCUGACCAGCCCAACGCCUUCUGUCGAGACUGUGCCUGUCACCUCAGAGGUAGGAACAUCAGCCACAAGCACCACCGAACCAAGCUUCUUACCGGUCACCAGUACAAGUGAGGAAUCGGCUCAAUCCGCCUCGAACGCUUCCUCUGUCGCCACUGAAACCGAAUCUUCUCUCACGGAACCUACUUCAUCGCCUUCACUUAUGACGGAUGUUGAGAGUUCGUCUGCCCCCUUCACUUCAGUCGCUUCAUCCGUAUUCGAAUCUGAUGAGCCCACCACUUCAUCAACCCCGACCGCCUCGGAGUCGCUUAGUAAUGGAACACCCACUACCCUAUCGCAAGAGCCAACCACCAUCAUCAAUGGCUCCGAUGCAGGCACAUCCUCCGGAGUAUCAGCUACUGCCACUGCUAAUCCUUCUGAUGAGGUCUCCAGCUCAACGUCCGGCAAUGAGACAUCGGCCACUGAUUCGGUUUCCGCUAUCCCAUCGGAUGCGAUCAGUAGUAUUUACACCGCUACUUCGACUCCUUCGGUCAACGGGACUGGUGUUAGCACUUUCGUACCUACCUCAACAGAAUCCGAAUGGAGUUCAGCAUCUGUCACUGCUUCAUCGACAUCAUCCUAUAACGUCACCAGCACGACAGAUGAAGCUUACACUCCUACGCAAACCUGGUUGAUUGGUUACACUCAAGCGUCAUCGACUGAAGAGUGGACUAGCGAGUCUACUUCCGACACUCCUACUACCACUGGUACCAAAACCACUGCCACCACCAGUACCCCUUCGGUAGCUACCAUUCCUAGCAGUAUGCCAACGUUGAUCGUUCCUGCCAACUCGGUUGCGAAUGAUGCUACCGCUGGCUCGGGCGGAGAGGACGAUCCUAUCCAGGACAAGACCUUGAUUGCGAUCUUGCUCUCGGCAGAUUACUAUCCUUGGUGGUUUGUAGUCAACUCGUCUGAUGCUACAUCUCAGUUGCUCAACACUUUCCCUACUUUGAUCAGCAAUGCGCUUGAGAUCGAUACGUCCGACGUGAAGACUUAUGGUCUUCAAGUAUACCAACCUGCCGCCUGGGAUGGAGAUAAGACUUCGCUCCUCACUCAAUACAUGUCAUACAUCCCGACCAAAUAUUUUGAUACUCUCAACGCCUAUAUCAAGACCUCUUCUUCACCCCUCUACAAUCAGACGGGUAUAGAAGGUGCUUUGGCCGCUCAGAUCAACACUGCUUUCCCACUUGCUGCAUCCUCUGAGACCGCUCCUCAGUCGUCGUCGACUACCAGCGGAUCGUCGGAUAGUAAUAGGAAACGAAACAUCAUCAUCGGAGUCUGUGUUGCCAUCGGAGGUAUCUUGUGGAUAGGAUUGGUCUAUUGGAUCUACAAGAGAGUCAAGAAAUCAAACGAUAAAGCGGUUCACAAGAGAUUAUCCGAGCACAUGUCGAUGUUUGGUGAUCAUCGACCUAUGUCUGAGGUGUACGCUCAAUCUAAUUGGAACGGCAAUUCAAGGAGGGUGUCGAUGGCACCUUCCAUCGCUGCUAGUGAGGUUGAUGAUCGACCCAGUUCUUUCUACGCUUCACCAUUUGAGAACGACCGAUCAAUGAGGGAACAGCAAAGACUUGAAAGAGAGAGUUACGGUGCGUCUUCGUCCAAUUAUUCCGGCUCGGGAGAUUCGAGGUCACCCACGAAUCCAAAUUAUGGGCCUUCCGUAUUUGGUACUUCCUGGUUCCAGAAUCCCCACCAACAAGGUCAAUCACAAGGUAGAUCGAGAAUAUCUCAGAACCCAUUUGAGGACAUUGCCACCAGGUCUUAUCUUGGUACAUCCACUUCGAACAUGAACCUGAAUUAUAACAACCAACCUCAUUCUCCGACUACUUUGAAUAGUUCGAUUGGAUCUCAACAGGGAGCGAAGAGGAGAAGUGCAGUGGGUAAACCUGUAUCGAAAGCUUUGAUCUCUAAUCCUACUUUGCAAGCGAAUUCGUUGGAAUUCAGGGAUUAUGGUACAUUACGUGAAUAG